CCCGCGCGGCCGGGCUGGGCCAGCGCUAGAUGGAGUGAUGCAUGAGCGAGACGGGGAGGUUUUAACCUUCAGGGGGAGGAGCCCCGUUUAACUACAGGCAUUUGUUCUAGGGCAGGUCACUUUAAUCUCCUUAGCUUUAAACUGUCCAACUCGCAACUCGCGUUUCUCUAUAAGGGAUCUUUACUACUUCCCUGCCUAUGCGGCCGGAGCGCUGUGCCUCUCCCCAGCAGAGACAACCGCCUUCCAGGCACUGCUCAGAUUGCUUCCGACACCCUUAAAAUAAUACUGCAGCCCGGCGCCCCUGCCAUGGAUUCCUUUAAAGGUGGAAUGAAUUUGGAGAGACUGCCUGAGAGCUUGAGACCCCAACCCUCCCAUGACAUGGCUUCCAGCUUCCAUUUGCAAAGAUCCUCGGAACCCAGAGACCCGAUCGACAACUCAGCCAGUGAAUCCUCCGACACGGAGGUGCCAGAAAAAGAGCGUAGCGGCGAGCAGAAAAACGAGGACGGAGCCGCCGACGACCCGGCGAAGAAGAAGAAGCAGCGGCGGCAGCGGACCCACUUCACCAGCCAGCAGCUGCAGGAGCUGGAGGCCACCUUCCAGCGGAACCGCUACCCCGACAUGAGCAUGCGGGAGGAGAUCGCCGUCUGGACCAACCUCACCGAGCCCCGAGUGCGGGUUUGGUUCAAGAACCGCCGAGCCAAGUGGAGAAAGCGGGAGCGGAACCAGCAGAUGGACCUGUGCAAGAACGGCUACGUGCCCCAGUUCAGCGGGCUGAUGCAGCCCUACGACGACAUGUACGCCGGCUACCCCUACAACAACUGGGCCACCAAAAGCCUCACCCCGGCGCCGCUCUCCACCAAGAGCUUCACCUUCUUCAACUCCAUGAGCCCCCUCUCCUCGCAGUCCAUGUUCUCGGCGCCCAGCAGCAUCCCCUCCAUGAACAUGCCCUCCAGUAUGGGCCACUCGGGCGUGCCGGGCAUGGCCAACUCCGGCCUCAACAACAUCAACAACAUCAGCGGCUCCUCGCUCAACUCGGCCAUGUCCUCGCCGGCCUGUCCCUACGGGCCACCGGGCUCGCCCUACAGCGUCUACCGGGACACUUGCAACUCCAGCUUAGCCAGCCUCAGACUGAAAUCAAAGCAGCACUCCAGUUUCGGCUACAGCAGUUUGCAAAGCCCCGGCUCUAGUUUAAACGCCUGUCAGUACAACAGUUGACGGACUUGACACAAACCACCUCCGACAAAGCACCGCCGACAAAGUAAAGCAGCAGCGAAGCGACGUUUAAUGGAAAAGAAAAAAAAAUUAAACCCGAUGAUGAUUAAAAGCAAAACCC